AUGUCUACAACGGGCAUGCCACUGGCAACGGGAAUGCCCACAAUCACUGGUCCUAGUGAAGCCUUCACCACACCAUCAGUCACGGUUCCACCGAAUUUCAACAACCCCUAUAUCAUUAAACAACACAGUCCCACCGGUACUGUGUUUAUAGCUAUGGGAAGCAUUGUAGGGUUUAUAUUGUUGAUGUUUAUCUUGUAUCAUCUUAUCAAAUCGGUGCUUGCUUCUCGGAUGACCAAGAGAUCUAUUUCCAAGAACUUUGAAAAAUACAACUCCAACAAUAGCUCGUUUGGACUAACGCAAAGUACUACCAAUUCAUCCGUUGCCAAGUUACCGCUUUUAGUGAGUCAAUCAUCAAGAACUACGUUGAAUGCAUUCAUGCUGCCUAUGGGAGGUGGAGGAGGUGGUAGUCAAGCUGGAGGAGGAGGCUCAACUGUUGGAGGAGAUAAUUCUACUAUUUAUCAAUCUGAAUAUCAAGGUGCAACCAGUAAACAUGAUUUAACCAAAAUGUUUAUUUCACCUACUGCUGAAGUCAUGUAUCAUAAGAGAACCAAAUCUUCCCAAUAUGGUAAUCCAUUAGGAGGAGGGUCUGUUUCAUCAAUUUUUGGUGGAUCUACUACAAACUUGGGGAAUCCACCUAUUGCUACAAGCAGACAUUCUACGUUUGUACCUUCAUUGUACAUCAAUAAUGAUGUUAACAACAGCGACUAUUCGUUGGCCAAUACUAGCAUUCCUCCUCCUUCUGAUAACAACUCACCGCAGACUAGACAACAACCAGGUCGCAGUCAACGUAAGACUGUGCCUUCGAUGUUCUUAGAAGAUUUGAUUGACGAGCAAUAG